CCCUUCUUAUUUAAUCUCUUCCCAUUCGUCUCCUCGACUACCAUUUCCUUAUGCCCUUUUUCUUUCCCAUUUCCUUCGUUGGGAUCUGAUCUUCCUCUUCCCCUUCCGACAACUUGUGGGUAGCUUCCUUAUUCUACAAAGAGAUAGGGGUUGGAGGUGUUUCUCAGUUCAAUUCCCAAGGCUUAUAACUUUUUCAUUACACCCACUACUUUCUUGCUUUUCUGUCUUUGGGUGCGUUCUUUUGUCUGGUUCAUAUAUUGUAGCCUUGUAAAAGUUACAAAAAAGUUCUCGUAAAGUUAAUUUCUUAGCUUUAACAACCACACGAUGCUGGUCUUCCGUCAGAUCUCUGAGGAUUAGCCAGUUUUGAGUUGGUUUAGGGUAUUGGGGGGGUGCUGUACACACAAUAUUAGCAAGCUUGUGUCAUCGUUUGAUCGAUCUUGGAACAACAUGAAUAGCUUUUCACACGUUCCCCCAGGAUUUAGGUUCCAUCCUACAGAUGAAGAACUCGUUGAUUACUACCUUAGAAAAAAGGUUGCUUCGAAGAUAGAUUUUGAUGUCAUCAAAGAUGUUGAUCUUUAUAAUAUCGAACCAUGGGACCUGCAAGGUAUAGUAGUAUUUCCCAUUUUCACACAUCAUAUAAAAGAACAACAAUCUGAGGCAGCUAAUUCAUAUUGGUUGGUCUGGAUGUAUAUAGAAUUGUGCAGAAUAGGAACUGAAGACCAGAAUGAAUGGUACUUCUUUAGCCACAAGGAUAAAAAGUAUCCAACAGGCACUCGCACUAAUAGAGCAACAAAAUUAGGGUUCUGGAAAGCUACUGGAAGAGACAAACCUAUUUACUCCAGGCAGAGCCUUAUUGGCAUGAGGAAAACCCUAGUUUUUUACAAAGGAAGAGCACCCAAUGGACAAAAAUCCGAUUGGAUCAUGCAUGAGUAUCGACUAGAAACAAAUGAAAAUGGAACUCCUCAGGAAGAAGGGUGGGUGAUUUGUAGGGUGUUCAAGAAGCGAAUGACAACGGUGCGAAAAAUGGGUGAAUACGAAUCUUCAUGUUGGUACGAUGGCCAGGUCUCAUUCAUGCAGGAACUCGACUCCCCAAGGCGAAUUCCUCAGCCUUAUGCAUCAUACUAUCACCGUUAUCCCUGCAAGCCUGAGCUUAAGUUGCAAUAUAAUUCGCCUCAUGACCCUACCUUUCAGCUCCCUCAGCUGGAAAAUCCCAAUGUUCAACAAUAUUCUGCUGCAAGUUUAAGCUGCAACUCAGUUCUUCCUGACGGUAACUACGAUGGGAAAACUGGAAGCACUUUGCAGUCCUCAACCCUCACACAAGAAGAGCACAUGCACCCAACGCAUCAGCAAAAUCUCAAGUCUUUCUAUGACAGCACUACUGAACAAGCAGUGGAUCAAGUGACAGAUUGGCGAGUUCUUGACAAGUUUGUUGCCUCUCAGCUCAGCCAUGAGGAAGCUUCAAAGGAAAGCAACUACUGCAAUGCAGACACCAGCUUUUAUGUGGCUGCACAAAUGAAUUUAGCGUCCAAUGAAUCCAAAAGGCCAGAAAUUGCUCAUCAGGAAUAUGCCUCCACAUCCACUUCGAGUUGUCAAAUUGAUCUGUGGAAGUGAAACCAUAUUCCAGCAAUUAGAGCAUAUAUACUAAUUAAUUAUAGGUAGCAAACUUAUAAGAAAAGAAGUCUUUAAUCCAGGUUGCUGUACAUAAUAAAACUAUAAUGGUAUUUCAUUAGCUAUGGGACUGCUGGUGCCUUUAAUAUGUAUUGAUUUAUACUAGGCAUAUGCAGAUAUUAUUAGAUUGAACAUCAUGCAAGUUCAAUAAACUAGUACUUUUAGAUGAUGGACUUUGGUCGAGCGCCCUUUUGGGAUUGACUAGACCUAAUAUCGAAUGUAUUACGCAGCUUUAAUAUAUAAAUAUAUGAAGGGUUUCUUACUGUA